AUGACAGCGCGUACAGGGCUAGAAAAGACACUGAGGGAGGAAAAGCUUCCGAUCAGAACAUGCUCUAGCAUGUCAAUCCGGGAACUAAAGUUCGAAUUGCCUAGAGGCGGUGCGGUGGGAGCGGUGGGUACGGUGGGCGCGCGGCGCGACUCGCUGGAGUUCGGCGGCGGCGGUCCGGCGGCCGCGCUGCAGGAGUACGCGCGCAAGUGGGGGCCCUCACCGCUGUCCCCGCCGCUCGCGCUCGGCCCCGUCGGCCUGCGCCCCGUGUCCGCCGCGCCCGGCGCCGAGACCGCCAAGUACAGAGCCGUCAGCAGUUUAGCGCAAGGACUGACAUCCAACGGAAUGUUCGGCUCGUCAUCGUCGCUACUGAGCAAGCUCAGUGGGAACUGGUGGGCGGCGGAGUGGGUGGGCGGGGUGGGCAGCGUGUCGGUGGGCGCGCUGGCGGGCGACAAGCCGGCCGCCGGCCGCUCGCGCCUGCUCGAGGACUUUCGCAACAACCGCUUCCCCAACCUGCAGCUGCGCGAUCUCGCCAACCACAUCGUUGAGUUCUCGCAAGACCAGCACGGCUCCAGGUUUAUACAACAAAAAUUAGAAAGAGCGACAGUUCAAGAAAAGCAAAUGGUAUUUAAUGAAAUAAUUGGCGCAGCGUACAAUCUCAUGACGGAUGUUUUUGGGAAUUACGUUAUACAGAAGUUCUUUGAGUUUGGGACAGCUGAACAAAAAACGACAUUGGCACAGAAGGUCCGUGGGCAUGUUUUGGCACUGGCGUUACAAAUGUAUGGCUGUCGGGUAAUACAAAAAGCACUAGAAUCUAUCCCAGCCGAACAACAACAAGAGGUAGUUCGAGAACUAGAUGGACAUGUAUUAAAAUGUGUGAAAGAUCAAAAUGGGAAUCAUGUGGUGCAGAAGUGCAUCGAGUGCGUGGAGCCGGGGGCGCUGCAGUUCAUCAUCAACGCGUUCGCGGGGCAGGUGUACGCGCUGUCCACGCACCCGUACGGCUGCCGCGUCAUCCAGCGCAUCCUGGAGCACUGCACGCCCGACCAGACGGCGCCCGUCCUCGCCGAGCUGCACGCGCACACCGACCAGCUCAUACAGGACCAGUACGGCAACUACGUGGUGCAGCACGUGCUGGAGCACGGCGCGGCCGAGGACCGCGCGCGGCUGGUGGCGGCGGUGCGCGGCAAGGUGCUGCAGCUCUCGCAGCACAAGUUCGCCUCUAACGUGGUCGAGAAGUGCGUCACGCACGCCACGCGCAACGAGCGCGCGCUGCUCAUCGACGAGCUCUGCGGCUUCAACGACAAUGCCCUUCACGUAAUGAUGAAGGAUCAAUACGCUAAUUAUGUAGUGCAGAAGAUGAUCGACGUGGCGGAGCCGACGCAGCGCAAAGUGUUAAUGCACAAGAUCCGGCCACAUAUCGGUUCGCUGCGCAAGUACACGUACGGAAAACACAUUAUAGCCAAGUUGGAGAAGUUCUUUAUGAAGGCGCCGGAACUGGGCCCGAUCGGGCCGCCGCCGCCCAAUCCUGUCCUGUAG